UGUAUUCUACAUAAAAGCAAGAUAACACACGACAUCCACAUUUAUAUUUAGGUCUUAAUAGGAAUCUAAAUUCGGUAAACAUGUAAUAAAGAAACAAUGGCUAGCGUUAACGAUUGUCUUGAUCGAUAGUGGUCUCUAUUCCAAGGUCAUUACACUGUUCAAGCAUUGGCUUAAAAUCAGCUGUUUACAUCUUCCGGUUUUAUCUGAAUCAUAAGAAAGGUACUUAACGGUCUUUGUUAAGAUAAGAUGUAAACACCUAAUAAUUUAUAAAUUUAAAAGGGCUUACUAGCUUAUCAUGUGUAUUCAUUGUAUAGUUUUGGAACGUGAAUUAGUAGUUCAGUAAAGGUCAAUAUGCCGGAGUCCCGGAAAGAAGAGGAAGAAACAGAAUGUGAUUCAGACGUACCCCUACCCCCAGAUGGUGGAUGGGGCUGGGUUGUGACUUUUUCGUCUUUUAUGAUUAGUUUCCUAGUUGAUGGAGUAUGUUUCACAUUUGGUUUGUUCCUGCCGUACUUUUUGGAUCAUUUUGGUGGCAGCAAAGGAAAAACAGCACUACUUGGAUCCGUGAUGAACGGAAUGUACCUAUCGUUUGGUCCAAUUUCAAGUGCAUUUGUAAAGAAAUUUGGAGCACGUAGAGUAGCUGUAUUUGGUAGUUUUAUGGCAGCUGCUGGUUUGUUUCUGUGUACGUUUUCUACAAACUUAGAUUUGAUGAUUUUCCUGUAUGGCGGUAUUGCAGGAGGAGGUUUUGGUCUAGCUUACUUACCUGCUAUAAUAAUGGUAGGAUAUUACUUUGAGAAAAGGCGGGCUUUCGCUACUGGUAUCGCCGUGUGUGGUUCUGGAAUAGGUGGCUUUGUCUUUGCUCCUUUAUGUGUUUUUCUAAUCAACGAAUAUUCUUGGCAGGGAGCUUUAUGGGUAAUUUCCGGUAUUGUUUUAAAUGGUGUAAUAUUUUGUUGCUUUUACCGACCUUUACCAAAACGACGUAGAACAAUACCAAAGGUAAUUAGUGAAACUAACGGCAAAUGUGCAAAUGGACACACGGAUCCGCUUUUACAAACGAUAAAAGUAGACUUAAAAGUGGAAAAUCCAAUUUACAGGUGUAAAUCACAAGAAAUUAAAGUAGGUCAGAACGGUGACCUAGGAAACAAUGUAUGCCGUUUAGCAAGGAGUCAGGACAUUUAUGGUGCACAAAAACUACAUGUACAUCACAGACAUGUAGAUACAUUAAAUCCUUUAGCUAGAAAAGAUAUAUUCUAUAGUGGUAGUUUACAUCACAUUCCAGAAUAUACCGAGUCUAAAAAUGAAUGUGAAUAUGUGAAGAAAAUGACGAUCAAAGAUGAAGAAAAGACGAAAGAAUCAAAUUCUUGUAUUCAAUUUUUAAAAUCUAUUUUGUUAUCAUUUGACUUUUCUUUGCUGAAGAGUCCAACAUUUGUAGUAUAUGGGAUUUCAUGUUUUCUCUGUAUGUUUGGUUUUUUCAUCCCGUUUAACUUUCUACCAGAUUAUGCUAAAUCGGUUGGACUAUCGUCGGGCGAACAGGCUCUGUUGAUUUCUUUGAUAGGUAUCGCAAACACCGUAGCUCGAUUAGCUGUAGGGUUUAUAUCUGAUAGACCAUGGGCAGAUUGUCUCCUUAUCAACAACAUGGCUUUAAUCUUAGCCGGUGGAACAACUGCAUUUGUCCCAUUUUAUAGAAUAUAUGGAGUUUUAAUCACAUAUUCCAUUUUGUUUGGCUCUGGAAUUGCUGCAUUUGUAUCAUUACGUUCCAUUAUAAUGGUAGAACUGAUGGGUAUAGAGAAGUUAUCAAGUUCGUUUGGUUUGGUUGUCUUGUGUCAAGGUUUAUCGUCAUUCCUAGGUCCACCGGUUACAGGAUCAUUUGCAGACAAAUCUGGAGAUUACAGUAUAACAUUUUACAUGGCUGGUGUUUCUCUUGCACUGGCUGGCAUUAUAUGUAUACCACUGCGUCGAAUCUCAGCGUGGGAAAAAAACAAAAACAAACAAAAACUUGCACAAGAAUAUUUGAAUCAGAAUGGAAAAAGUUGUGAAGAAAAGAUUCUGCUUGAAAAAAGUUGAUGGAUGUAAAGAAAAGUGAAAGCUAGUCAAAUUAAAUCGGUGCAUUUAUAUGUUUCUAAAGUGGGUUCUGGUGAAAGGAGUUUUCAAUCGAUAA